AUGCAACUCACCCAGCGAGCCCUCGGCGCGGCUCUCGCCUUGGCCGGUGUUUCCCAGGCCGGCCCAGCCCUCGUCAAGAGGCAGGAUGCGGGAUUCAACCGAUUCAACGCCUCCAUCGGUGAUUUUGGCGAGCAUGCGCGCAGCGUUGCUCUGUCUCGGUUGGGUGCGAACUCUACAUGCACGGCUGACAAGGUGUCUGUCCGCAAGUCUUGGCACGAUCUGACUGCGGAAGAGCGUAUCGCCUAUACGGAUGCCGUGCUAUGCCUGCAGAGCAAGGAGGCUAAGACGCCGUCUAGCCUUGCCGAGGGUGCCAAGUCCAGGUUCGACGACUUUGUUGUGACGCAUAUCAACCAAACCUUCACCAUCCACCAGACGGCCAACUUCCUAGGCUGGCAUCGUUGGUUCAUCUGGGAGCAUGAACAAGCCCUCCGCAACGAGUGCGGCUACACAGGCACCCUCCCUUACUGGGACUGGGCGCGCACCGCCGAAGAAGGUCUGGCCAACUCGCCCAUCUUCGACGGCAGCGAGACGUCCAUGAGCGGCAACGGCGUCUCGAUGAAUUACACGGACGCCGACUACAUCGUUGUAAACGAGGACCAGGGCGACGCCGCGGUGUACCUGUCUGCUGGCACAGGUGGCGGCUGCGUCACCUCGGGGCCCUUUGUCAACUACACUGUCAACCUUGGCCCCAGCGGCCUGACGACCAUCAACAGCGGCUCCGACAACUCCUCCUACCCCUACAAGUACAACCCGCGCUGCCUGAAGCGCAGCCUUACCCAGGACGCCAACGACCGCUUCGCCAACUCCAGCAGCGUCCUCACCCUGCUGCGCGAGCCCCAGGAUAUUUGGUCCUUCGAGUGGCUGAUGCAGGGUGACCCGCUGUACCCGGAGCUGGGCGUCCACGGCGGCAUCCACUUCUCGAUUGGCGGCGACCCCGGCAGGGACCUCUUCGUCUCUCCCGGCGACCCGGCCUUCUACCUGCACCACGGGCAGAUCGACCACGUGUGGUGGCUGUGGCAGAUGCAGGACCCGGCCUCGCGCGUCGCCGACUGGACCAGCGCCGUCAACGGCGCCUUCACCAUGAACAACUCGACCGAGCCCCACAAGAACGGCACCGCCGAGGACGUCCAGGGCCUGGGCUUCGUCGCCGAGGGCAAGGCCCACCUGCUCGGCGAGCUGCUUGACACGACCGCCAACGACUUCUGCUACGUCUACGUAUGA